AUGUCUCGAAGGCAGCUUUCGUCCUCUGCCACUCUCUCUGUAGACAUGAGUUUACCGGCCUCAUGCAGCAGUUCUAACAUGAUGUAUCAACUGUCUUAUAGUAAGAAUCAGAAGGCGACAAUUCGACCCAAGAAGAAGAAGAGGGCUAAUUCAUUUGGGAGCAAGGGUUCUCAGCAUGAAAAGGUAUUCAUAGAUAACAUCGGGAGUGGCACCCUCAGAGAAUCUGUGAGACUACCUCCUGGUGAAGACAUUAACGAGUGGUUGGCCAUUAACACCAUAGAUUUCUACAACCAAAUCUGCUUUUUGUACGCUACUCUCGAAGAGUUCUGCACAUCCAAAACUUGCCCACUCAUGAAUGCUGGAUCCAGAUAUGAGUAUAGAUGGGCAGAUGGAAUAACUAUCAAGAAGCCACUAGUGGUUUCAGCUCCUAAAUAUGUUGAGUAUCUUAUGGAUUGGAUUGACACUCAGAUUGAUGACCAAACCAUCUUCCCUCAAAAACCUGGAGUACCAUUCCCACCGAACUUUGAGGAUUUUGUGAAGCGGAUUUUGAAAAGGCUGUUUAGGGUUUAUGCACACAUGUAUCAUUCUCACUUUCAGAAGAUUGUGAAACUCGAGGAAGAAGCUCAUCUCAACACUUGCUUCAAACAUUUCGUUUACUUCGUAUCUGAGUACCAGUUGAUUGAGAAAGCAGAGUUGGAUGCUCUUAAAGAUCUCGUGGAAACGAUAAUGAAACAAUAG